AUGGAUUAUGAAAGCGAAAGACGCAAGAAUAUUGAAGAAAAUGAAAGACUGUUAAAAGAACUUGGAAUUGACCAGGGUGGGAGCUCUUUUUUGGGUACCAGUGCACCGAAACGACCUACAGCCCAUGCUGAGCGCGCACGCCGCAAGCGAAGUCUCACGGAAGAUCUGUCCAAACAAGCACUACCGCAACGUUCUAGUGCACGGCUUAAGGGAAUAAAAUUGGAUACAGAGAACGAGAUAAGCCAAGCUGUCUCGUCGAACUCUGGCUCUCCCAAGGAUUCAUCGCACACUGUGCGUCAUGGUGAUCUUAGCUUGGAAGAGCUCGCCGCCGAUACGCUAGACGAGGAUGAGAAGAGAAAACUCAAAGAGUCACUCAAUAUCAAAUUUGAAGACGAUGUAACAUUACAGACCCCAAAGACUGAGCUUGAAAACUUGCUCAGAACCAUGCGACUUCGAAGCUAUACUCGCGUGGCGCAAAAGCGAAUCUACAGCAUGAUCUACCACCCUACGCUCGAAAAAGACCUUGUUUUCACCGGUGAUCAGGCGGGAAAUCUUGGUGUGUGGGAUGCAACUGCUGAACCGGAGGAGAGCCAAAGCCAAGAAGGCGAUAUUCUCACGGGCAACGCAUUCUCCCUGCAGAUGCAUGGAGCUGCUAUUGGGUGUUUACGAAUGGACCCCAUUUCACCAGAAAGGGUCUAUACCAGCUCAUACGAUUCAACAUUGCGCGUUUUUUCGCUGAGCAAACAUAUUAGCAUGGAAGUAUGGCGUGCACCCUCUACAGUCCAACUUGGAGAAUUCGAUAUUUUGUGCUCUUCAUCUAGUGCCUCUGAGAUGGAGACGCCUGGAUCUUGUCAUCUCGAUGGAAGAAGUCUAUGGCUUGCUGAUCACAUGGGCGGACUGAUCCAUAUCGAUGUUCGGUCUGCCUCCUCCGAAUAUCAUCGAUGGCAAGUCAGCGAUAAGAAGGUCGGUGGUUUGUCCGUCAACCCUUCUGUUCCGCACUGCAUUGCGACAGCAUCCAAUGAUCGGUCUGUUCGCUUGUUUGAUACCCGUAUGUUUGGACGAUCCAGGGAGGUCUCCAUACCGAUGAACAGGCUAUCGGAUGACGAUUUUGAGGAAUUGAAUACAUUAUAUGCUUCUUCGCAGCUUGGUUCCAUGAAGCGAGAGAUGGCGUGCACGUCGACUAUUUGGGUACGUGCAAGUUACUCAUGUACAGCCAGUGUAUGCUACGAUGAUACAGUUUCUGUUUGGGAUCUACAUGACAAGACACUCUGUCGCAUGUCUCAACCUGCUGUGAAAGAGGGCCCUCCGUCCAAUACACUGGAUCAUUGGCUAAAAACCAAGUCGCGCCCCCAAGAAAGUCUUGGCGAAACGCAUACAUUUCAUCACAACAACCAAACUGGCAAAUGGGUGACUCUUUUCCGGGCCUGCUGGAACCGAAAUCCCUCUCUUGAGCCACACUUCUCCAUGGGGAGCAUGUCGCGGCACACGGAGAUUUAUGGGAAAGACGGCCGUUGUAUGGUUCGGUUAUACGAUCCUGAUUGGAUUACAGCCGUGCCAGCCGUGACAGCUAUGCAUCCCAUCCUCCCAGCGCGUAUCGCGACAGGAAAUGGAUCUGGUCGGUGUGCAUUUUGGUCCACAUGA